UAUUUACUCCGCCCAUCGUGGGGUGGGAUUGUAGAAGUGCCAAUAAUCUCACUGUUUGGGGAAGAGCUUGGCUGAGUGGCGGUCAGUAUCGGGGCUGCGGUCUGGGAAAAACGAACCUUGCUCAUCAGCUCCGUGCUUACGAGCCCGCUACUCUCGAGUCCAACCAAAUAUCCUGUUGAGAACCUACAUCUCACAACCCAAAUGGCUCAAUGGGAGAGGCUGCAAAAUCUUGACAGCCCAUUUCAGGACCAACUGGACCAGCUCUACUUAUCCAGCAUCCUGCCAGUGGACAUACGACAGCACUUGGCUAUCUGGAUUGAAGACCAGAACUGGCAGGAAGCUGCACUAAGCAAUGAUAAUUCCAAGGCCAACAUGCUAUUCUUCCAUUUUGUGGACCAGCUGAACAAUGAAUGUGGCCGCUGCAGCCAAGACCCAGAGUCCUUACUGCUACAGCACAAUUUGCGAAAAUUCUGCCGGGACAUUCAGGCCUUACCCCAGGGUGCUACUCAGUUGGCUGGAAUAGUCUUUAAUCUCCUUCUGGAAGAGAAAAGAAUUCUGAACCAGGCUCAGAGGGCUGAGGUGGGGCAAGGAAAUCCAACUCUUGAAGUACCUGGGGAGAGCCAGCAGUCUGAAAUUGAAUCCAGGAUCCGGGAUUUAAGGAUUAUGAUGGAGAGACUGGUGAAGUCCAUCAGACAAGUGAAAGACCUUAAUGAUGUCUUCAGCUUCCGAUACAUGGUAGUCAUUAAAGGGAAUACAGGAAAGACCUCCUCCUCGGACCUGCAUCAUAACAGACAGCUGCAGCUUGUGCAAGAAACUCUCAAUGAGCUGGACAAAAGGAGAAAGGAGGUGCUGGAUACCUCCAAAGCGCUGAUAGGCCGACUGACUACCCUUGUCGAACUACUGCUGCCAGAGUUGGAUGAAUGGAAAGUCCAGCAGCAAAAAGCCUGCAUUGGAGCACCACUAAAACCUGAGCUGGAACAGUUGGAGAAAUGGUUCACAGCUGGAGCAGAGCUUUUGUUUCACCUGCGGCAGCUGCUGAAACAGCUGAAGGAAUUAAGCAACAUGGUUCACUAUGAAGGCGACCACCUGAAAAAAGGGGUAGAGCUGCUGAAUGCCCCUGUCACAGAGUUGCUACAGCGUCUGCUGCAUAGAGCCUUUGUGGUAGAGAAACAGCCCUGCAUGCCGCAGACUCCCCAUCGGCCCCUCAUCCUAAAGACUGGGAACAAGUUUACUGUCCGAACAAGGCUGCUGGUAAGGCUCCAGGAAGGAAAUGAGUUACUAACGGCCGAGGUCUCCAUUGACAGGAAUCCUCCUCAGUUACAUAGCAGCUUCCGAAAAUUUAACAUUUUGACCUCAAACCAGAAAACUUUGACUCCUGAAAAGGGGCAGAGACAAGGCUUAAUUUGGGACUUUGGCUUCCUGACACUGGUGGAGCAGCGUUCAGGUGGCUCAGGAAAGUGCAGCAAUAAAGGUCUGCUGGCUGUGACAGAGGAGCUGCACAUCAUCAGUUUCACGGUCAAAUACAGAUACCAGGGUCUGCAGCUGGAUCUGAAGACGGACACUCUCCCUGUGGUGAUUAUUUCUAACAUGAACCAGCUCUCCAUUGCCUGGGCCUCGGUUCUCUGGUUCAAUCUGCUCAGCCCAAACCCCCAGAACCAGCAGUUCUUCUCCAGCCCCCCUGCGGCCCCCUGGAGCUUGCUGGGCCCUGCUCUCAGUUGGCAGUUCUCCUCCCAUAUUGGCCAAGGCCUCAACCCAGAGCAGCUGGCUAUGCUGAAAGAGAAGCUGUUUGGGAAGACCUCUAAGAUGGAGAAUUUGUUGUCCUGGGCCGACUUCUGUAAGCGAGAGAGCCCCCCUGGCAAGGUACCAUUCUGGACAUGGCUGGACAAAAUUCUGGAACUGGUGCAUGACCACCUGAAGGAUCUGUGGAAUGAUGGGCGCAUCAUGGGCUUCGUGAGCCGGAACCAAGAGCGCCGGCUGCUGAAGAGGACUAUGUCUGGCACGUUUCUGCUGCGGUUCAGUGAAUCUUCGGAAGGGGGCAUUACCUGCUCCUGGGUGGAGCACCAGGAUGAUGAUAAGGUGGUCAUCUACUCUGUGCAGCCCUACACUAAGGAGGUGUUGCAGUCCCUCCCACUGACCGAAAUCAUCCGCCACUACCAGCUGCUCACUGAGGAGAACAUACCUGAGAACCCACUGCGCUUCCUGUAUCCCCGAAUCCCCCGUGAUGAGGCCUUUGGGUGCUACUACCAAGAAAAAGUUAAUCUUGAGGAACAGAGGAAAUACCUGAAACGUAAGCUCAUUAUGGUCUCUAACAGGCAGGUGGAUGAGCUACAGCAACCUCUGGAGUUUAAAGAGGAGCCAGAAUGGGAGUCCUUAGAGCUGGAGCAAAGGCUGAUGUCAAACCUAGAGCCGGGGAUAGGCCUGGAGUUAGGGCCACUAUUGGAGACAAAGCUGGAUCUGAGAUCAACGCUGGAGCCUACAUUGGAUCCCACUCUGGAGCCAGGGCUGGACCUGGGGUCAGGGCUACAGCCUAUACCAGAUCCCACUGUCUUUAUAACAUCACAGCCAGUACCAGAUUCAGAUUUGCCUCAGGAUCUGCAGCACUUAAGCACUAUAGACAUGGAAAUCUUCAGGAACAGUGUGAAUAUUGAAGAUAUCAUGCCGAACGGGGACCCACUGUUGGCUGGCCAGAUGAACUUGGAUGAGACUUACAUUUCCUGCCCCAGCCAUUUCUGCACAGAUGGACCCUUGAAUCCAGACUGCUAGAAUUAAAGCUAUAUUUCUUCUGUU